GGAUGAACUUUAGCUUCUAAAGACAAUUUUGGAGAAGCAUCUUGAGUCUGCACAAUCCAAAAUAAACUCAUAAACAUCGAUCGCUAUCAUGCAGCCCACACAAUGUCUAAUGAAACGGGUGGCUCGACAUGCCCUGAGUACGAAGAAAGCAAAUAAGGGAUUCUACAAGGGUACCGGAAGUGGUUCAACGGGUCGACACACACAACAUGGAGGGUACAUAAUCGAGUGGGAUAAAGUCAGGACAUACGUCGUGCCGCAAAACCUUAAGGAGUGUAAACUCACACCGUUCGUCACAAAAAAGAUAUUGCCGCCGAGAGGAAGAUUCGAAAAUGACCCCAAAGGUGCUUUCAGUGGAGAGGCAUACCUGCGGAAGUGGAAGGAUAUUUCGGAUGGAAUGACAUAAAUAAUUGGUGUGAAUUGGGUUUAUGGGAAAACGGCGUUGACAAUUGUAUCCAAAAAUGUAUCAAAACGAUUACAUGAAUAUCAUACCCCUCGGAUUGAAACCUGGAGCGUGAGAUGAAGUAACGCAUGUUCGCAGUAUUUGAAAACUGGGCGUACACUGUGAAGUGAACAUACUUGAUAAUACUAGCAAGUUGCACUUGAGCAGCUAAGUUGUUCAUUGGCUAUUAUAAUGAUGGCGCUGAUUGACCUGCAAUGUUGUUUUGUAUAUGCUUACAUCGUCGAGAUCCAUCCUAGAAGAUUGCGUAUGCACAAGAACUUAUAAUUUUGCUUUUGAAGCCGAACUCCUUAUGAUAUCCGCUGGAUUUUCAGCGAAGCAAGAAUUCAGUACUA